GGGCCACCUCACGUCGGUUGCAAACGCAGCGGUCGGCAAUUGCGGUCAGAAGUACUUUGAGCAGAUAGAGAGUGUUUAGGAUGAACAAGGUGUGGAUGGUGGUUGUUGUGGUCGGCCUGGUCGGCUUGGUGGUGCUCCUCUCGCCGCCGCGGCAGCAGAAGCAGUACGUCCAGGUCCAGCCGACCGACUCAGGCAAGGCGACGGGCAAGGGCAUGCGGCCGGGGCUAGUGAAGAAGGUGAAGAAGGAGCCCAAGUUUGCUUUUCACGAGAUUGUGGAGCACGACCGGUACUCGUCCAAGCUCUGGCCGGAGGGCGUGUCGUACCACCGGGUAUGGUUCGACACUGGCGCGCCGUACCACUCCAAGUCGCCGCGCCCGACGGUUGUCCUCCUCCAUGGCUCAGCCUUUAACCGUGGCGUGUGGGGCGAGGCGACUGGGACGCUCAAAGCGCUUACCGAGUCGGGCAUCCGCGCCGUGGCGCUCGAUCUCCCGGGUUUUGCGCACACCAAGACCCCGCCGCUGACCAAGGGUUCGUCCAGGACCGAGUUCCUCGAGACGCUGCUGGCGGCCGAGGAUCCGACCGGCAUGGCUCCCGCACUCGCUGAUGUUGAGGUCUUCAAGCACGUCCGCGUCACUCCGCCGUAUGUGCUGGUGGCGCCGUCGGCAAGCGCGCCGCUGGCGGUCGACUUUGCGCUGGCCCAUCCGGAGCUUGUCGACGGCCUCGUCCUCGUUGCCCCGGUCGGCCUCAAGCCGUACGCCAAGCAGCUCAAGGCCGAGUAUACCGGGCGAGUCAUGUUUGUGUACGGGACCGCCGAUCCGUUGUUUGAGAAGCGGGUCGAGGUGUGGGACUACUUCCCUCGCGCCAACUCGCUCGUCGAGGUCGACAUCCUCGACGGCUCGCACCCGGCGUAUCUCGACGAGCCGGCCAAGUUUAACGCCCAUCUCGCGGCCUUUAUCACCGUGCCUGCGCCUCAGCCCGACGCUCGGGACAAGUCUGAUCUGUAGCGGGUGGGCUAACCAGGCUGUAAACGGCACGAUUGUUGA